GCGCCGGAGCAGUGCGUCACAGAGAGCCAGCAGAGGCAGGAUCCCCUCGACGCACAGACACACACAGACACACACAGACACACACACAGGAGACGGCUUCUCCUCAGGCAGCACAUCUGGAUCCCUCCACAGGCAGGGACACCUUCUUCUUUGUGUUGUUGUUGCGCUUUUGGACUUGUUUCCCUCCUUCACUGAAGAAGCUGUUUUUCAUCUAUAUACUUUUUUUUUUCUUUUAUUAAAUUUCGGUUUGUUUCGGUCGUGAUACUGCGAGAGAGGAUCCUGAGCCACAGCUGGGGAAUCUAUCUCCUGCGCUAUAUGGAUAAAUAAUCGCCUCCAUCUGUAACUGCACUCAGAGUUUCAUCUCGGACGCUGCUUCCUGCCCGCAGACGCGAAAUGAAAUCGGCUGAAGAGGAUGCAUAUGGCUACACGCCAAAUGUCAGUCUGUCCCUCACGCUGGGCAACCCCUGUCUUCCGUCCCAGUACCACAGCCUCCAGUCCAGCCCCGUCAUAUCGGUGUCCGUCCCCGAGCCUCUCGUCUACGACUCCCAGGACGACAUGAGGGCCGCCGGGUAUUACUCGUCCCCGAGCAGCCGCCCCAACGGAGCGCCGACCCUGGAGAGCCCUCGUAUCGAGAUCACCGCGUACGGUCAGUUUCCUGAUGACGCGGUGGAGGAGAGCAGCCUUCCUGUUGCCAAGCGAGUCAACUCCAUUGUGACCCUGACCCUGCCCAGUGGAGAGGGUUACCGCGACCCCAGCUGCCUGAGUCCGGCCAGCAGCAUCUCGUCUCGCAGCUGCCACUCGGACGCUUCCUACGAAUCCAGCUUCUCCUACAACUACGACAACUCGCCGCAGAACUCCCCCUGGCAGUCUCCCUCCGUGUCCCCCAAGGGCUCCACCCUCGCCCUGCCGGGUGACGUCUGUGCCGCCGGUGGCUCCCCCUCCACCUCGCCACGCACGAGUAUAACAGAUGACACCUGGAUGGGUCAGCGUGGCUCAAGGCCCAACUCCCCUUGUGGCGCAAAGAGGAAGUACAGCUUGAACGGCAGCAGGGCGCCGCACAAGCACUACCCCUACUCCCCCAACCACUCGCCUGGACUGUCUCCACAGACCUCCCCUCGCCUCAGCGUCACGGAGGAAAGCUGGCUUCCAAACACCAACCAGUACACCAAUUCAGCCAUCCUGGCGGCCAUUAACGCCUUGACCACAGACGGAGUGGCCGACCUCGGAGAGGGGAUCCCCAUGAAGGCCAGGAAAACCAGCCUGGAGCACAACCCCACCGUCAGCCUGAAGGUGGAGCCGGGGAGCGAGGAGCUGAGUCCGGGGAACCUUUGCGAAGACGAGCACUCAAACCGCAUGUUGCUGAAGAAGGAAGGUUACUGCGGGGGGUUUCUGGACGUGCCACAGCAUCCGUACUCCUGGUCCAAGCCAAAGCAAUAUGUAAGCCCGUCCCUGCCGGCUCUUGACUGGCAGCUGCCGUCCAGCUCGGGGCCGUACAGUCUGCAGAUCGACGUGCAGCCCAAGUCCCACCACCGGGCCCACUACGAGACGGAGGGCAGCCGGGGGGCGGUGAAGGCCAUGGCGGGAGGACACCCCGUCAUCCAGCUCCACGGCUACAUGGAGAGCGAGCCUCUGACCCUGCAGCUGUUCAUCGGCACGGCUGACGACAGGCUGCUGAGGCCUCACGCCUUCUACCAGGUCCACCGCAUCACGGGCAAGACGGUGUCCACCCCGAGCCACGAGGCGCUGCACAACAACACCAAGGUGCUGGAGAUCCCGCUGCUGCCGGAGAACAACAUGCGGGCCAUAGUCGACUGCGCCGGGAUCCUGAAGCUGCGGAACUCGGACAUCGAGCUGCGGAAGGGCGAGACGGACAUCGGGCGCAAGAACACGCGUGUGCGCAUGGUUUUCAGGAUCCACAUCAACCAGGCCACCGGGAGAACGCUGUCCCUGCAGGCUGCGUCCAACCCCAUCGAGUGCUCCCAGAGAUCGGCCCAGGAGCUGCCGCUGGUGGACAAGCAGAACCUGGAGACGUGUCCCGCCCACGGGGGGGAGAGGAUGCGCCUGGACGGACACAACUUCCAGCACGACUCCAAAGUGGUGUUCGUGGAGAAGGCUCAAGACGGUCAUCACCUCUGGGAGACCGAGGCCAAGCUGGAGAAAGACGCCUCAAAGCCUAAUUCGCUGGUGGUGGAGAUUCCUCCGUAUCGGAACCAGAGACUCUCGACUCCGGUGCACGUCAACUUCUACGUCUGCAACGGCAAAAGGAAACGAAGCCAGUAUCAGCAUUUCACCUACGUUCCUGCCAGCGUUCCAACAAUAAAGACGGAGCCGCACGACGACUACGACGCCCCUCUGGUGUGCACCCAGCACGGCUCCACUGUGUCCCUGCACCCGAAGCCUUACUUCCCCCCGCAGGUCAUGACCCCCAUGAUGACCUCUGACCUCCGGUCGUUUGUCGUGGGCGGUGCCUACCCCGACAGCCAGGAGCGACUGGCGGCCAAACCUGCCUCGCUGCCCUCCUCUUCCUCCCCGAGCACCAGCCCCAAGCUGCACGACCUGUCGCCGUCACACUUCUCCAAGUGCCUCCCUGCCGGCCCCCAGGGGCCCCAGUCCCCGGCCCCCCACGUCUCCAUCAUCCAGGAGACCCCCGGGCGCUACCAGCUGCCCAGCCUCUACCCGCCCAGCAGCUCCUCCUCCUCCUCCCCGACCUCCCUGCCCUCCACUCCGACCGACGCCCCCUUCUCUCCGACCCACUGCCUGACGCCGGCCCGGCCCGGCAGCGGCAGCACCAGCCCGGACGCCCAGCAGGGGCCCAAGGCGCCGGAGAGAGGGCGGGCCUCGCUGCAGGAGGACGGCAGCUCCCCCCCGCUGGCCGUCAGCAUCAAGCAGGAACCACAGGAGCUGGACCAGAUGUACCUCGAUGACGUCAACGAGAUCAUCAGGAACGACCUGUCGAGCGUCACGGUGCACAGCCACGCGUAGCUUCCUGCGCCCUCACGCAACUGACAGUAAAAACAAUGCCCGGGCCACAGCGUGCAGGAAACAGCUGAGGGAAACUGAAGAGGAACAAAUGUAAAUGUUUUGUCCAGACGACCGGGGUCCAGACGCGUGCCUUGUUUUUCAUAUAUUCCGCCUUUUAUGCAGAAAUUAUCCAAGGAAUAAAUCCCAUGACCGAGUUCUGAGUAUGUAGCACCCACAGCUGCCUGCCACCCCGCCCCCCCCCCCGCUUUUAGAGGACCAAGAAUUGUUUUAUACGUUUCUUUUAUUUGUUUGUAAAUGACCCAGUGCCUAUGUGUUUGUGUAAUUUGUGUAUGUACAGUGUCUGCGGUGCUUCAGUUUGCAUAUCUGGCUUGAGAGAGAGAGAGAGAGAGAGAGAGAGAGAGAGAGAGAGAGAGAGAGAGAGAGAGAGAGAGAGAGAGAGAGAGAGAGAGAGAGAGAGAGAGAGAGAGAGAGAGACACAAGUGCCUUCGACUGGACAAGGGAAAAGUGUGACCUCACAUUUUUAAAACCGCAAAAUUUAAAAUUACACACAUUUUUUAUACAUGAGUGAGAUGAUGCAACUUUAGCCAGAUGUGACAAUUAUGGGGUGGGGGGGUGGGGGGUGAUGGUAAAUGCUCAGAGACGAUUUAGCACAAGCACAAACAGAUCAUUAAGAAUUAAAGGUGAAGGGGGAACAAUGUCCAUCAUACAGUCAUAUUUGACAUUAGCUGACAUUAGCCACCAGAAGCUACAGGUCGUAAGAGACCAAAUAAAGUCGUGACUUGUUUCCAAAGUUGCUUUCAAUCAUCGUCACGUCUGUAGGAACUUUAACGAUUAAUAAAAGUGAGUGUUUUCCAGUAUUCACAGGCGACAAUCAGCACUUAACCACUAAACCUGUGGUGGGAGUUUUGGAGUUUUUUUUCUGUCAUUUGAAGUCAAAAUGUUUCAGCUCAUGUUUCUCAAACCAAGUCGCUUUACCUUGAUGCACUAUCGACGAUAACGAGUCGGGUUUUUUUAGAUAAAAAAGCAAAAACAUUAAAUGCACGACAAACCGACUUUAACGGUGAAACGAUAAAAACAAUCAUCUCAGUUGUGACGAAGCUCGACUCGUCUUCCUCCCUGGAAGCUCGACUCGUCUUCCUCCCUGGAGGCUCUGGUAGCGUCGCUCCAAGAAUGUAAACCAAUCAGCGUCGUCCAAAGAAUCCGUUAACAACGGGGAAACAGCAAUAUAUGAAUUCUUCUGUGUUUUUGUAUUUUCAUAUUUAUUCUCUCAGCAUGUGCUCUGUUUAUCCGUGUUUAUCAUACAGCUUCUUUUACAUGGUUACUCUUAUACAACACACCACAUACACACACACACUCUUUCCCAGUUCUCUGUGUAUUUAUGAGUCUUAAUUCCCGAGGGGCGUGAAAGAAGAAGCCAUACCGACGUGUUUACCAGGGAGUUUUUUUUUUUUUUUUAUCGUGAGUCUGUAAACGCUCAGUUCAGCUUUGUGUUAUGUAUUGUGUGUAUUUGUCAAUAAA